AACGGUCUUCUGGACUUCAGCGACUGCUUCUCCGCCGACAGCGAUUCUCUGUUCGAUGCUGGCCUUAUCUCCGAGAGCGAAUUCGAGGCGCGCCGGGGGCUUGAAUGGGAUGUUCUAGAUUCUCUCGUAAAUCCCUCUUUCUUGGAGUCUGAGAGCGACUUCGGCGCGCUUGCUAGCGAGAUUUCCCCAGAACCAAGCUCCUCGCUCGCCGCGAUCCGUGUCGUUCCGAUCCCUGGAGCACAGGCUUAUGAACCUGUCGCACCCGGGUCGCCGUCGUUUGUCGAACCGGAACGUUACUACGACGACGAAGAAACAAGACGUUAA